AUGAGUGAGAACCGACAGCAGCCCGAGCCCCAGUCCGACCCCCAACACCAGCCCCAAACGUCGCCUGGCGAGGAGGCCAAGCCCCGAUGGACAAGCCCCCGUAAACUUCUUAUCCUCCUUCUCUUGGGCUCCUCCAUCUGCGCCUCCAUCCUGGGCCUGCUUUACUACAAGCAGCAGAAUCGCCAUUCGAAGAGCGUGCAGAUCACUCCAUGUCUCUCCCCUGCCUGUCUGAGGGCCUCAGCCCGUCUGUCCCUCUCUGUCGAUCCCUUCACCCAGCCCUGUGACUACUUCUUGUUCACCUGUGGCUCCGACAGACCCUCGCCGGGCACCAGGGAGACACAAAGAGGCAGGGGCCUUCCUGGGGAGCCACAGAGCCGAGGGAGGAGAGGGACGCGGUCGGACAGAAGGAAGAGAGAAAGUGGUCCAGUCAGAGGUUUGAGUGACAGGGAAGCUACCCUGCUGCAGUAUCUGAGGGAAAUUUUGGAAUCGGAGCCGUCUGGCUCGGCAGGGCGGAAGGCCCGAGCUUUUUACCUCUCCUGUUUGGACACCAACUCCAUAGAGGCUGCUGGAGAAGAACCGUUCCUCACACUCAUCCAGAAGCUGGGCGGCUGGGCGGUGUCUGGGCAGUGGAACAAGACCGACUUCAACUCCACGCUGAGCCUCCUCAUGAGACAGUACUCCACCUUCCCGUUCUUCAAGCUCUACGUCGGCCGGGAUCCGAACGAGACGGCCCGUGGGCCCACGAGGAAAUACAUACAGAUCGAUCAGCCGGACCUGUUGAUCCCAAUCGAGUGGAACAACAAGACACAGAAAUCUCUAUCUAACGCCCAGACCAUACGUCCAUUUCUGGCAUCGUGUCAGAGGUACCUGAAGCUGCUCGGGGCGCCGUCUGCUAGCAUCAGCAUCCACGUUGGCGGCUUCCUCUCUCUUUCCUCUGAGCUGGCUGUUGCUGCGGCCCCUCUGUCCUAUCGCCUGCUGAGGGGCCAGCUCCACCAACGCAUGACCAUCAAGGAGCUGCAGGACCAGGCCCCUGUCAUCGACUGGCUGGGCUCUCUGCAGGCCACUUUCCACCCUCACCCCGUCGGCCCAGAGGACCAGGUCCUCCUGCACAACCUCCCCUACAUGGUGCAGAUGUCACGCGUCAUUGGCAAAUGGCUGAACAACCACGAGCUGAGCAGCAGUGGUCCACUUCACACCUACAUGGUCCUCAAUCUACUGCACACCUUCAUACCCGCGCUGGAUUCCAGAUUCGCCCAGACACAGAGGGACUUGUAUGUGGCUCUGGGGGACACCGAGAGGGUCCUACCUCGAUGGAUGCAAUGUGUCUCCGAGACUGAAAGAGGAUUUGACAAGGUUCUCAAGCACCUUCUCCGUGAGAAGAGCGCACACAGGGAGGAGGCCCAGGAGAUGGUUCAGCGUGUCUUUUCCUCGUUGAAAUCCAAGUUGGUUGAUCUGAGGUGGAGGGAUGAAAGUUCCCGCCAGCGGGUUAUGAACAAGGUCCACGCUCUCACGCCCAGACUCUGGAGAGACACCGAGAUCCCAAGUGAGGCUGAACUCGACCAGCUUUACUCUGAGGUAGUAACCAGCACAUGUGACUAUUUCGCCAACUACAUCCAACUACUGUCCCUGCAGCAUAAGAGGCGCAACCAACAGUUCGGUGAGAAGGAGGAGGCCGACGUUCUGUCCGUCAGGCCCUUCGUCCUGGGUAACGAGCUCAUCAUUCCCAUGGGAAUGUUUGUUCCUCCGCUCUUCCAUCCGACCUAUCCCAGGGCUAUGAAUUAUGGUGUUUUGGGCUUCCUGAUUGCCAAAGAUAUCCUCCAUCUUCUUCUGCCGGACAUUCACAGGCAGAGUGAGGCGGUGCAGGCGGUGGGCGAGUGUGUAUGGUCUCAUUACCUCACUGUCGUAGAAAACCCAAGCAGAGAUGGAGAACUGUCCCUCUCGGCUGCACAGCAGCAAGAGGUGUGGGUGCAGCACACUGCGCUGCAGGUGGCGCUACAGGCUUAUCAUCACAGUCUGAAGAGUAAGCCGGACGACGCCUCCCUCUCAGGACUGUCUCGUACUCACCUGCUCUUGUCUUCCUUUUCACAGGUCAGCUGUGACACCGAUCCGUAUGACAAGUUCAUGCCGUUCGAGCCCUCCUUCCUGGUUACGGUCAUCUGUGCUGAACCUGCGCUGUGUCCCACCACCAUGACGUGUCCUACAGGAGCCCGGCAGCACCAGUUACACACAUGCUGAGCAGGAAUCCCCGCUCCUCACACUCCUCCGGGGCAAACAAAUCCCCUGGAUUAUCACACAACCUGCCACUCGCUGAUUAAACUGCAUCUGCAAACGAUCUGCCGGGAUGCCCACGGUGUAAAGUUCCCCCACUGCCCGAGGAGUCGCCCUCGAGCACCACAGCUCCUCCCUCUGACAGUACCACAACCAGCAACACUUCCUGUGUCGUCCCACUUCAUGCAGCUGUGGGCAUGAAGUGGGACGACAUGCCGGGACCCCAGCCCACAGCACCGCAACACACAGACACACACACACACACACAGCAAAGCACCACAGCAACACACAUAGCGGGUGUAGCGGUCUAGGCCUCGGCUUUGUGUCGACGCAGUUGCCCACCGGGGACCGGGGUCCACGACCCGGUCUCGUCAGAUCCGACUAUGGCCGGACUCGGUGAAGCAGCGAUCACUGGCAGCGCCGUCUUGGGGAGGGGGCGGAGGGGGCUUGUGUUCGUCACACGAAGGCGUCUCUGUGUGUGGGGCAAGGCAGUGGUUCGGCAGCCUGGAGUCGCCUUGUCACGGAAGUGGGGAGGCGACUCUCCUUCCAGACUGCCGGCCGGGGAGACGCAGCUGGUGAACACAUGAUGCAG